AUGUUUAGACGUACCUUCUGUACCGGGUUUCGCGCGUUGCAGCAAGCCCCCAAGGCUCCCGCCACUUCCCACGCCGAGUUCCUCGCCAAAUACUACCCACAGGAACUGCUCAAGUCCAUUCAGCUAGCAGAAUCCGUGAUUCCGGCGGACACGAAAUUCCAGGUUUCGGCCAAUGUCGAGUUCGCACCUUCCUACCUCGAAGACUUUUCAAAACUCGAUUCCUACUGGGACUACAAACCGGGAACGCCGCACGUUCACGCUUUCGAUUCUUCCUCGCGCUACACAUUUGACGACGUGAGUCAACCGCUGCCCAAUGGCCAAGACAUUGCCCCCGGUGCUUCCCUUCCGCGUACCGACGGCUCCAGAGCCUCCGCUGCUGCGGAUAUCGCCAGAGGCCUCCAAAGACAAACCGGCAUCAACCCAGAAUUCGUCACUCGCAAACUCACGAUGCGUCCUUUGGUUAUGAAACGGGUUUCAAACCAAACCGGUAAGGGUAAGAUCCCUAGUUUCUACGCUCUGGUCGUCGUGGGAGACAAGAACGGAAUGGUUGGUUUGGGUGAAGGCAAGUCCAGAGACGAAAUGUCAAAAGCGGUGUCGAAAGCUCACUGGGACGCUGUGCGCAACUUGAAGCAAAUUCCCCGUUACGAAAACAGAACCAUCUACGGCGAUAUCGAUCACCGUUAUCAUGGUGUCAAACUUUUCCUGAGGUCUGUCAAGCCCGGUUUUGGGCUUAGAGUCAAUCACAUUAUCUUUGAAAUUUGCGAAUGUGCUGGAAUCAAAGAUCUAAGUGGUAAAGUUUACAAGAGUAGAAACGAAAUGAACAUAGCAAAGGGUGUCAUUGAGGCUUUCACCGAGUCCCAGAAGACCCUUGACGAAAUUGCACUAGGAAGAGGGAAAAAAGUUGUCGACGUUAGAAAAGUCUAUUACUCAAGUUAA